CAGCGCCGCACCGACGCCCAAUUGCGGUCCCAAUCACAUCACGAGUACCUCCGGAGGCCCGUUUGGGAUAGCAUCCGUCUGCAAACAGUCGUCACGAUGGGCUCUCGCACGUUCGGCGAGCUCCUGCUCCGCCCAAGCACCUUCACCCGCAUGACACCCGCUUCGCGCUUCACACCCGCGUGGACAGCCCAGCGCUACAUCUCCAACACAUCCUCCAAGCCCGCUGCACAGCCAGCACGCCAGGAAAACCCUGAAACCGCAACAACACCCGAGGUCGCCGCCGGAUCACCAAAACCCACUUCCCGCGUUGCAGCCUCCCAAGCCAUCGACGACCUCUUCGCCGGCCCCCCUUCACACGCCAGCACAUCUCCGGACUCGACUCCAGUGAACCGCGUCUUUGGCGCCGAAUUCAGCAAGCCCUCUCCCCGCGGCCGCCUUGGCCGCGCCCCCAACCUGAACUUCAACGACAUGAUCCUGCCCGACACCAUCACCAACCCGUCUCUCGAGAACAAGCCCUCGCCCUCGACGCUCGUCGCGCAGCAAACCGCCACCUUCGCGGACUACCCGCGCUUAAACCCUACCUAUGGCCGUAGCGUGGACCUGGACCCCAGCCGCGGGCGCGAUAUUGUGAGAGGUAUUGGAAUGCUGGGGUCUUUGAUGGCGAGGAAUAAGAUCAAGGGCGAUUUCAAUAAGCAGAGGUUUCACGAGAGGGGCGGGUUGAAGAGGAAGAGGCUGAAUAGUGAGAGGUGGAGGGCGAGGUUCAAGAAGGGGUUCCAGGGGGUUACGGGGAGGGUGAUAGAGUUGACGAGGAAGGGGUGGUAGAAUGCUAUAGUUGAGGGGAACGGGGGAGGGAACGUGUAAGAUUGUGUUGCAUUUACUGGUAGACCUGUAACUUAUGGGGCCCUGGAGUCAGAAGAGGGGAUUCAGCAUUGCUCUGUACAAACAAUUUGAG